GGCAUCGCGCAGGGGCUGGGUCCCGCCGGGGACGGAGGGUGCCAGCAUGGCUCUGGAUUUCCUCGCGGGAUGCGUCGGCGGUGCUGCCGGAGUGCUGGUAGGACACCCAUUUGACACUGUUAAGAUGACAGAUAAGCCUCAUCACGGGAGAGUUACCUAGUAAGUAUAGCCCAGGUGAACACUUCUGUUUCUCUCAGUCUUAAUUUAUUCCCAAAUGUAUUAGUUCAAAUAAAGAUCUAAAAGACUUAUGAAGCUUUUUCCCUUUUUAGUUUUAAACUGAUGUGUCCCUCUUCUACAGCUAUGGCAUGGAGGGAGUGGGGUUUAAAUAUCCCUUUUUUUUUUUUUUUUAAUGUAAAGUCUUAUUCUGAACCUUCUUUCUGGUAUGCAUUUCUGGCUAUAUAUACUUCCACACACAAUGGCUCUAAAACUGAAUCUCAGGCACACUGUUGUUGAGGUCUUAUCCACUACAUAUCCUUGGAGGACAUUUUCAUUGCUCAAACACUUCUAAAUCACUUAUCACUUAUUUGGCACAUUAUUAAAUGUUUGGACUGUUUUGGGGUGUGGUGGGUUUGGGGUUUGGUUUUUUUUUUUUUGCUUAGUCUUGAGUACCUUUAUGCAAGUCUUUAGUGAUGUGAAAUUAGCAUGUUAGUAUUGGACCUAAAACCUUACUAACAGUGGUUUCAAAUAACAAGAAAACAAGAAUAUUGGACAAUGAAGAGAAUAGAGUUAAAAUUUGCACAUGAUUCAUCCUUCCUAUAGUUGUGCACACUAAAGAGCUUGUUAAAUAUGGCAUUAAUACUGAUGAAAUAAAGUUUCAUAUGCAUUCAUUGCCUUACCUGGCAGUUUGCUAAUGGGGGUAUCCCUAUGUGGUCAUCACUGUGCUCAAAUGGAAGAGCUGUUUUUCAUUCUUAGAUGUGGAGCAACAGUGCUCUCUAAAUAUUUUAUCCUACAACAAGGCUUAAUAGGUCAAUAUUUCACAAAUUAUUUAGACAAAAAUAGUGGGAGCUGUAUGCCACUAGGAAGUUCAACCUAUAUAUAGAAUGAUUCCAAACUACUCAAGACAAGCGUAUAGAAAAGUUAAAGUAAGAAGGUUCCUAACCUGCAUGCAAUUCUCCCAAAGCCCAUACAUGUGGAAGUCCCCCUGACUUCACAGACAGUGUUUGAAACAAUAGCAGUAAGUUAUUAAUGGAGUAAAACCUUUGUUUUGUGCAAUUCUGACAGCUUGUUAAGACUUAUGACUUUGCUUGUGGGUCUGCUUCUUGAGCAGUUUUAACAAUCUGCCUGCCCCCCCAAAUGUCACUUUGAGUGACAAAGGAUUUAUUUUCUAUGAAUCCUACUAUAAGCCUACUUGUAGCUCUAAGAAGUUUUAAAACCUUGUUCCAUCUUGGAAGACCUGAGGUGAUCUGAGCCUCCCAGUCUGGCUAGCACACACUAACAUGUAUACUAAAAGGACACUGAAAACUAAAGCUUCAAUUUACAAAACAAAGUGACAUGUUGUAGGAAUAUAAAAAAAUACUGAAAUUGUAAAUAAUUAUUUUUUGCCUCAGAGAAAGCUAAUCUGAACACAGAAUUUUGACAAACCGUGUCCCCAAAACCUUUUCUAGACCCACAUCAUCUUAUGGGUGACCCACAUCAUUGUUGUGGUGGUGUUUACUACUACUUUAGGCAAACAGGGAUAAAAAGAUUUUACAGUUGGGAAUCUUUCAUGUAGACCUGAUAAUCUUUUCUUUUGUUCAGAGUAAGAGUCUUGAAGUUUUUUGCCCUAGAUAGAGUUGCAGCAGCAGCAUUAAAUGGUUGAAAAGCAUCUUUUCUGAGGAACAUUGCAGCCUUCCAUGCUAGAGAUCAAAGACAGAUUUCUAACUUCCCCAAUCCAGUGAAACCAAUUUAUUGAGUUUAUUGCAGUGUAGGGUCUUGCACAAACAAGGUAGCUUUCAGGCUUUUUUGUUUUGUUUGAAAUGUGUUGAGGACAAUUAGCAGGAAAAACUGAAUUGGACUUUUCCAUUAAAUGUUAAAAAAUAUCUGGGUAAUUGGCCUGUCUCCUAAUGUCACCAGUUACAGUAGCUUCUAUCUGUCCAGCAGAACAUAACUUUUCCAAAACUGAAAUGGUAACUGAUUACCAACAUUAAAGGUUUGAAACAGCCACACCCUCACAAAUUGUUUGCAUUUAGCAAGCUUAAAAAAAAGACUGAAAUUUAAAAGGACAAGUGGCUUUUUAUCCUUUCCUUAUGCAAAGUAAGACAUCUUAAGAGUCUCUUCCUAGCUACCCUCUGAAAAAAAUCAGAUCUCAGUGAAGGGUCCCAAGUCUGGUAGCCAAAAACACUGGGGGGUGGUGUUGAAAGUUUCCAUGCUUUUACAAUUAUUCUUAUUUUAUGCUUGACUUGUAAAUAAAUUUUUAUGAAAUUCUAUCAGGUUUGUACAGAUAGUCCUUAAUGUGAACAGAAGUAUUCUUGGCAUCUAAAGAAAGUACUUAUUGUAGCCAGUACUAGAAAACACCAAUCUGAAAUUCUAGAUAAGUGUACCCUGUUGUACCUUCACAUACUGUUUUUCUAAUAUUUACAAGCAGUUAAUAAUCCUCCUGCCUUCAUGUUUUCACCCCCCAAAUUAAUUCAAAACACAGAAUAUUUUUAAAUUAUUUUGCCACAUAUGGCAUUUCAGUGUAUAAACAUUGCUAUAGCAAAUCUCCAUAUAUGUACAAGACACUAGUUUACCAAUUAGGCUGCUCUUGACAUACAGAUCAGUAUCUCACAACUUUUUAUAGGUUCGUCUACAAGUUCAAAAUGUAGAGAAACCUCUCUACCGUGGGACCUUCCAUUGCUUUCAGACCAUCAUAAAGCAAGAAUCUGCUUUUGGACUCUAUAAAGGUAUUGGGUCACCAAUGAUGGGACUUACCUUCAUUAAUGCACUUGUGUUCGGUGUACAAGGAAACACACUUCGUGCUCUUGGAAAAGACACUCCUCUAAACCAGUUCCUUGCAGGGUCAGCGGCAGGGGCUAUCCAGUGCAUCAUCUGCUGUCCCAUGGAGCUGGCAAAGACAAGAAUGCAGCUUCAAGGAACAGGAGAAUACAAACUAAAAAUGAAGAACUACAAAAAUUCUCUGGAUUGUUUGAUCAAAAUCUAUCGAAAGGAAGGGCUGAGGGGUAUCAACAGGGGCAUGGUCUCUACAUUCAUAAGAGAGACCCCAAGCUUUGGCUUUUACUUCCUGACCUAUGACUGCAUGACCAGGUAUUUAGGCUGUGAAGCUGAAGACAGUUACGUUAUUCCCAAGCUGCUGUUUUCUGGCGGGAUGUCGGGAAUCGUGUCCUGGCUCUCAACCUAUCCCGUGGAUGUGAUCAAAUCCCGGCUUCAGGCUGAUGGAGUCGGAGGCGUUACACAAUACAACGGCAUUUUAGACUGCGUCAGAAAGAGUUACCACGAAGAAGGCUGGAGGGUGUUCACAAGAGGUCUUACUUCCACACUUCUCCGUGCUUUUCCUGUCAACGCAGCUACCUUUGCUACUGUCACUGUGUUCCUAAUGUAUAUGAGGUCAGAAGACAACCUUCGUGAAUGUGAACCAGGUCCAGUAAUCCAGCAGCCUUCCAGUUUGUGAACCUUACCUGUUUGUUCUCCUAAUCCAAAGCCCGGCUGGUUGGGUUGGGUUUUUUUGUUUUUUGUUUUUUUUUUUUUUUAAAUGUAAACACUUGACCCGCACAAGUGGUGUAAACGUAUGCUAUCUGUGUAAAGAAUUCCUUAAUGUGUCAAAUUAGGAUUUCAUCUCAUUACUUGUAUAAACAGCAUAUUGCCUUAUUAAGGACUUCGUAUCUAGUAGUAUCCAAGUAAGAUGGGGACCUGCCUUUAGGAAGUACCGUACAGUUACUGUUGCAGCUCCAGAAGAGGACCUGGAGAAUGUCAUAGUACCAGAAAUUGGGUUUUCUUCCACUCAUUUUCUGAAAGACUGAGCCGAGUUGAAUGCAGAAGCGUCUUCAGAAAAGAAAUGCUCUUUUUGUAUGUAACAGCAGUAAGUAUAGUCCUCUGAGGUGAAGUAGGGGGAGGAAAUUAAAUGUUGGAAGCAUUUUGCAGGUAACCCUGAACUGUUUUAAGACAUGGACUAGCAUUCAGCUAGCCAUGUGUUUUACUUUUCCUCUGCUUUUAUACAUCUGUGGUUUUAGUAGCAACUUUGUUCAUACUGGUUUGCAAAAAAAAAAAAAAAAAAAAAAAAAAGGAAGAAAGAUUUGUUCCUGAGCUACUCCCUCACCUUUCAGCUUUGAAUAUAUAUCUUAAGCACAAAGUUACCAUCUGCACUCAAACACACUUGUUCCUUUAAAUCUCAAGGCUUGUAAGGAUUUAGGGAAACUCAAAUUUAGUAAGACUGAUGUUAUUUGCCUUCAACUCUAUUUCUCAUUUGGUGGGUGCACAGAUUGUAUUGACUACAUUCAGACCAAACAGACUUUUGUUCUCUGAAAUUACUGCAACUUUGCGCCACUUCUCCCAAUGUGCCCCAUAGCAGCCAGUGAUGUACAGAAGUCAAAGUCCUACCUGUGGUAUUGCACAAAAUGUUUGUGGGUGCAAUGUUAGCUUAGCAGCUUAAAGUACUGUAGAAAUAUGUACAUGUUUAGAACUGGAGGUUUCAUACCUUUCCAGAAAAUAAGGGUGUGUCUGAAAUGGUUGGUGUUCAAUACACUUGCAUUAUGAAUUUAAACAAUACUGAUUUUUAUGUAUUUAGUUACAGUGCUACUGGAAAGAAGACUGAAAAGAGGUUUGGAGAAUUUUCUUGUUACGUUAAUCCACUGUGAUUUUUUUUUUUUUUUAGCAGUCUGUUCAAGAGGGACUGCAUUAGUCAAAGAGCUAUAAACAGUUAUUUAAGAUCUGGAGUAAGAACUACACAUAUUUGGCACAAAUAGCUAGGAGGAAGGAGUGCAUGUGUGUGAAGAAUGUUCUAAAAUGUAUCAGACUAGUUCACUAAGUACAACUUGUUACACUUUUGGUUGGGACAAGUGCAAUAUGUGUUUAAUUUAUAUGAAUUUUCUAAAGAAACCUUAUUUCAUAGCAUUUUGCACUGUAACAAAAUAUGCUGGAGAAACCUGUAAAACUGGUAUGUCUUUUUAUACCUUGGAGGUAUGUUGGAUGUUUUAGUGCCUACUCGCACUGAGAUUCAAAUUGAAUGUUAAAUCUGUCUACUAAGCUGCAUAUGCAAAACAACUCACAGCAAAGACCAUUUACACCUUUGUACAGUAGUCUUAAUUAUUGUAUAUAAAAUGGAGGGAAUAAAUUUUUUAAAAAUUUUGA